UACUCUGGACUAUACACUUCAGUCUCCUGUGUCCUUUGUUAGUGAGACACUUGUGACACACACCUGUCUGCUCACAACAGCUCUUCGCUCGUUUUAAAUAAUAAGAUGCAGAAGUGGGUUGUGUUCUGUUUGACCCUUGUGGCCCUGGCUGCUGCCGACGAGUGUCCAGAUGGACGACAAUGUGAAAAAGGUCAAACCUGCUGCAACGACCCCGCAAAUGGAUACGAGUGCUGCCCCUUUGAACAGGCUGAAUGCUGUGCAGAUCACACUCAUUGCUGUCCUGCGGGCACAGUCUGCAGUUCAGGCAAAUCCAGCUGUGUGAACGCCACAUCGUCCAUCCCAUGGGUGGAAAGAGCCAACGUUGAGCUGCCGAAACGCUCCAAAUCCUUCAGAAUGAUCAAGCCAUACAUGGGGGAGGACGAAGACAACAUCUGUCCUGAUCAGUCACGAUGCCCUCCUGAGUUUUCAUGUCUGACGGCCUUGAGAGGGUUUGGCUGCUGCCCUAUAGCUCAGGGAGUCCCCUGCUCGGAUGGAAAACACUGCUGUCCAAUGGGUCGCCACUGCAGUGCAGACAGCCGCUCCUGCACCAGACAAGCAGAGCCUGUGACGGCUGUUUUGUGCAGCGAUGGCGUGUCAGAGUGUCCACUUCAAACCACCUGCUGCGAAAGUCCAGAGGGCAAGUGGGGAUGCUGCCCUAUGCCGAAGGCUGUGUGCUGUGAGGACAAGCUGCACUGCUGCCCUGAUGGGACAUCAUGUGAUGUCCAAAACGGCAAAUGUAUUUCUUUAACCACCAAAAAUGAGACGCCGAUGUGGGCCAAACUCCCAGCCCGCAUAAGAGCAGAGUGGGAAAACAAGAAAGAAGCUGGUCAAGUGAGAGCUGCAGAAAAAUCCCCCAAAGUCAUGACAGCGAAUAGAGUUCCCCCUUCACAGCAGGAAGCAUCUGUGUCAUCUGUCACUAAGGAGAAUAAAGGUAACGACGUCCCCUGCAACGACACAGUUGCGUGUGAAGAUGGCACCACAUGCUGUAAGACCAAAGAUGGCGGCUGGGCGUGCUGUCCUUUGCCAGAGGCUGUUUGCUGUGACGACUUCAUACACUGCUGUCCGAAAGGUUCGACAUGCGACCUACCUGCACAGAGUUGUGACGAAGGCACACGCUCUGUGCCGUGGUUGGAGAAAAAACCUGCUCAAGCCAGACAGAGAGUAAAGGUGGAGGACGUCCCAUGUGACUCUGCCAUUAGUUGCCCAGACAACACCACAUGCUGUAAAACCAAAGAAGGGGGCUGGGCGUGCUGUCCUAUGCCGGAGGCUGUUUGCUGUGACGACUUCAUACACUGCUGCCCGAAAGGUUCGACAUGCGACCUACCUGCACAGAGUUGUGACGAUGGCACGCACUCUGUGCCGUGGUUGGAGAAGAAACCUGCUGUGACCAGACAGAGUGUACAGGUGGAGGACGUCCCAUGUGACUCCACUACCAGUUGUUCUGACAACACCACAUGCUGUAAAACCAAAGAUGGCAGCUGGGCGUGCUGUCCUCUACCAGAGGCUGUUUGCUGUGACGACUUCAUACACUGCUGCCCGAAAGGUUCGACAUGCGACCUACCUGCACAGAGUUGUGACGAUGGCACGCACUCUGUGCCGUGGUUGGAGAAGAAACCUGCUGUGACCAGACAGAGUGUACAGGUGGAGGACGUCCCAUGUGACUCCACUACCAGUUGUUCUGACAACACCACAUGCUGUAAAACCAAAGAUGGCAGCUGGGCGUGCUGUCCUCUACCAGAGGCUGUUUGCUGUGACGACUUCAUACACUGCUGCCCGAAAGGUUCGACAUGCGACCUACCUGCACAGAGUUGUGACGAUGGCACGCACUCUGUGCCGUGGUUGGAGAAGAAACCUGCUGUGACCAGACAGAGUGUACAGGUGGAGGACGUCCCAUGUGACUCCACUACCAGUUGUUCUGACAACACCACAUGCUGUAAAACCAAAGAUGGCAGCUGGGCGUGCUGUCCUCUACCAGAGGCUGUUUGCUGUGACGACUUCAUACACUGCUGCCCGAAAGGUUCGACAUGCGACCUACCUGCACAGAGUUGUGACGAUGGCACGCACUCUGUGCCGUGGUUGGAGAAGAAACCUGCUGUGACCAGACAGAGUGUACAGGUGGAGGACGUCCCAUGUGACUCCACUACCAGUUGUUCUGACAACACGACAUGCUGUAAAACCAAAGAUGGCAGCUGGGCGUGCUGUCCUCUACCAGAGGCUGUUUGCUGUGACGACUUCAUACACUGCUGCCCGAAAGGUUCGACAUGCGACCUACCUGCACAGAGUUGUGACGAUGGCACGCGCUCUGUGCCGUGGUUGGAGAAAAAACCUGCUCUCACCAGACAGAGCGUAAAGGUGGAGGACGUCCCGUGUGACUCCGCUACCAGUUGCCCAGACAAGACCACAUGCUGUAAAACCAAAGAAGGGGGCUGGGCGUGCUGUCCUAUACCAGAGGCUGUUUGCUGUGACGAUUUCAUACACUGCUGUCCGAAAGGUAUGACAUGUGACGUGCCUGCACAGAGCUGUGACGAAGGCACACGCUCUGUGCCGUGGUUGGAGAAGAAACCUGCUGUGACCCGACAGAGUGUACAGGUGGAGGACGUCCCAUGUGACUCCACUACCAGUUGUUCUGACAACACUACAUGCUGUAAAACCAAAGAUGGCGGCUGGGCGUGCUGUCCUCUACCAGAGGCGGUGUGCUGCGACGACCACGAACACUGCUGCCCCGCUGGCACCACCUGUGACCUGGCCACCCUCAGCUGUAAGGAGGCCUCUGGCAGAGGCUCCACCACACCCAUGAAAAAGAAGUUGCCCGCAUUUGUGACACCGGCCCCGACCACAGCGGUCACUACGAGCGCGGGUCAGGGAAUAAACACGAUGCAAACAGAAGAGAAGGAGGAGGAAGAAGUCAGGAACCAGUGUGACGCCCACACCAGCUGCCCUAAAUUCACCACCUGCUGCUUCAUGGCUUCGUCUCAGUCAUGGGGCUGUUGCCCUCUGCCGGAGGCGGUGUGCUGCACCGACGGGAGGUUCUGCUGCCCCGCCCAGUACACGUGCAAUGAGGGUAAGAGGUCCUGCGUUAAAGGAGAAGUGAUGAUCCCGUGGUACACGAAGCUUCCAGCCACCACCACCUCCAUCAUCAGUGUCGAGGCCGAUCGCAACUCGGUGCAGUGUGACGUUCUAAACAAGUGUCCUGAGCGCAGCACCUGCUGCCGCCUGCUCACAGGCGCGUGGGGCUGCUGUCCACUGCAGAAUGCCGUGUGCUGCACUGAUAAGGAGCACUGCUGCCCUCAGGGCUUCCACUGUAACGUCGUCUCCAAGUCGUGUCAGAGGCUCGCCGUGCUGCAGCUGGAGACGGUGCCACUGACGCCGGUGUAUCUGCUGGAGCAACCGGACAGAGAGGGCCCUUCACGAGACAGAGACAUCCAGUGUGAAGGCCAGACCAGCUGCACGGACAUGGAGACGUGCUGCAGGACGUCGGCUACUUCGUGGGGCUGCUGUCCUGCUCCCAAUGCGGUUUGUUGCAGCGACAUGAAGCACUGCUGUCCCAGUGGCUACACCUGCACGACCGCUGGCUCCUGCACCCAGAACAUGGGCCUCCUGUGGCGCGACUGGCACAUGUUCCUCGCCAACAAAAAGAGAGCUUUGAUUGUCUGAAAACCUCACCUCCUCCCCUCCCCCGCUCUGAUUCAGCAUAUGUUGCACUAAUGGUAGAUCAUUCGUAGAUCUACCAUUAGUGGUAGAUCAAGUGUUGUUGUUGUUUUUAAAUAUUUUUGUAGGUAAACGGUGAAGGGAAAAUUAAUUUGCACUUGAGGUGAAGAUCUUUCUGUCUGAUAUCAAGUUCACAAGACCAGAGCUCAUUUUGAAAAUGAUCCACAUUAAAGGUCCAGUGUGUGAGAAUUAGUGACACCUAGUGGUGAGAUUGCAGAGUACAAUAAUGCCAUUUUGUUUUUUCUUUAUUGGCGUAGUUCUCGUUCUCUUUAACCCUCCUGUGACCAUCAUGAUCUAUAUUUAUUUGGAUUUUAUGACUGUAGAAUUGUGAAAGGGUAACCUUCACUAUCUAACCCACAUAUUGUAACAAAUGUGUGACGCACUGGUGAAGUCCUGAGGUUCUACCGUAAUGACAAGUAUAUGGCCACAAAAAGCUCUAUUUCCCUGCUUUCCAGUAUCCAUCCAUCCAUCUUCUACUGUACCAAUCCCAGCUGACAUAGGGCGAAAAGGCGGGGUCACGCCGUGGACAGAUUGCUCACAAUUUUGCUCUCAGAAUUUUCUGGAUAUUGCAAACGGUCUAGGAGUUACGGUAUUGAGAAGUAUGCAUGCCAAAGAAGGGUUCAAAGUUUAGUCAGGUCCAAUCAGGUUGACGUAGACACAUGGCAGCAUGACAUCACCUUGCCUAAAGUACAUAUAAAGCCACCAUGUGUUCACACUGAACGCAAUUGAAAACAUUAAUGUAUACCCGACUCACACAAACGUGGUGGGCACGUCAACGGAAAUCACACUUCUGACUUAUUGACUUUGAACAGAGCGGUGUCAAGCGUUGUGGGUCUGACUCACUCUACAAGUGGCAGUCCGAGCACCAACCACAGUUGUCUGUUUAGUGCAAACACCACACAAUCCAAAUGGAGCUCUCAUACAAGGUAGUUCUUGCAGUGACUGAAGUUUGACGUGACUCAGACAAGUUCAUAUAAAUGUGUCGACCAAGAAUCAUGAGAAUGAAAAGGUUUUUUUCAAAACUGGCCAAUAGAAAUGAAUGAGAAACCUUCCAAAUGUUGCACAUUGGACCUUUAAUCACACCGUUGGCUACUUGAAAACACUCGUUCACUGACUGUUCACUAACUAUAUGUUGUGCUGAUUCUGCCACCGCUUACAAUAAUCCAUCACAGUUCUGAGCAUGAUUUUUAAAUGUGAUUCCAUCCUGUUUUCAUUUGAAAAUAAUGAAAAAUGAUGUAAAACUUGCACACGCUUUGUUUGUUUGUACGUGCUGCCUAAAACUCACACUGACACUCAUAAGGCUUUGUUUUCCAUUAAACCAAUAAACGGAACUUUGUUACAACGUUUAAAA